CAUGAUUUCAGAUGUUGGUAGGUGGUUCAUAACGUCUGAUAACCCUAUGUUUCCACUUUCAAUUGCUUCUUUCGCAUUAAUUAGUAUCAACCUGAAAACUACGUGAGUUUGCCUAUGCUGCCUUCGUCCCAAUUUAUAAAUCAUCACAUAGUACCAUAAAUCUUUCUACUUGAAGUAUUUAGUAUGUCUUCUCCUUUGGGCUUCCUACUAGUUUUUCUCGCGAUUGCCAUCAUCUUUCCAUUUGGCAAGGCAAACUUUAACUCGGAUUUUGACAUCGUAACGGGUAUUGAUGGUCAUGCCACGAUUUUGGAUGGGGGUGAGGAGCUCCGUCUUUCAAUGGACAAGAAUUCUGGCUCAGGAGUUGCAUCUAAGACAAAGUUCCUCUUUGGAAAGUUUGAUGCCCGGAUGAAGCUCAUCGCAAGAAAUUCUGCUGGCACCGUAACAUCAUUCUAUCUGUCUUCUGAGCCUCCAAACCAAGAUGAGAUAGAUUUUGAGUUCUUAGGCCAUGUCAGAGGAGAUCUAUAUGUACUGCAGACCAACAUCUUCACCAAUGGAAAAGGCGAUAGAGAGCAAAGGUUCCACUUGUGGUUCGACCCGACUCAAGAUUUCCACACUUACACUAUCUUGUGGAACCCCCUCCAAAUAAUAAUGUAUGUGGAUGACACUCCUAUUAGGCUCUUCAAGAGAAAUGAGAGUCUAGGAGUGGACUACAUUGAGAAACAACCUGUCAAGGUCCAAGCAAGCUUGUGGAAUGGUGAGGACUGGGCGACAGAAGGAGGAACGAUAAAGAUUGAUUGGAGCAAAUCUCCAUUUUUUACAUACUAUCGUAAUUAUAGCGAGAAUGCAUGCAUUUGGUAUGGUCCUGGCUCUCAUUCGUGCGGAAAUGAUGUCUCUUCGUGGAUGAACCGAGGGCUUGAGGCCAAGGAGGUAGAAAAGAUUGCUUGGGCGAAGAAGAAUUACAUGAUAUACAAUUAUUGCGACAAGGCAGGAACAGAUGAAACAAUCCAGAAAGAGUGCUCAAGGGAGUUCUCUUAGUUUAGGGCUGAAAUAGGUUGCUGAGUAGUUGUAACUUGCAUCAUAGAUAAGUGGUUUAUGUAUUUUGACUGAUAAGAAAAUAUAAGUUAAUGGAUGCAACGUAUACAUGCACAUGACAAACAAAGAUGUACUAUGAGAUAUAGUGGAAUGAUCAUCAACAGCUCUUUUUAAUUC